GCCCUGUUCCUCCUGCACCCUCCAAUGGAUAUCACUAUCCACAACCCCCUCAUCCGCCGGCCUCUGUUAUCCUUGCUGGCGCCGAGUCGCAUCUUCGACCAGACUUUCGGGGAGCCUCUGCAGGAGUCGGAGCUGCUCCCCACCUCCCCUGGCCUCAGCAGCUUCCUGAUGCGGUCCCCCAUCUUUCGGAUGCCCAGCUGGAUAGAGACAGGGCUCUCUGAGAUGCGACUGGAGAAAGACAAGUUUACUGUAAACCUUGAUGUGAAGCAUUUUUCCCCUGAGGAGCUGAAAGUGAAGGUGUUAGGGGACAUGAUAGAUAUCCAUGGGAAACAUGAGGAGCGCCAGGAUGAGCAUGGCUUUAUUGCCAGGGAGUUCAACAGGAAAUACAGGAUUCCAGCUGACGUGGAUCCCCUGACCAUAACCUCGUCACUCUCUUUGGAUGGUGUCCUGACAGUGAGUGCACCAAGGAAACCAAGUGACCAGCCUGAGCGCACGAUCCCUAUCACCCACGAGGAGAAGCCUGCCAUUACGGGAGCCCAAAGGAAGUAGGCUGCUAUUUAAAGUCAGACUUGGGCUUUUCAAGAACAGUUCACGCCAGAUGCCAGCUGUAGUGAAUGGCCACUCUUAUUUAUUUAUGCUGAGUAAAUUUACUAACAAAUAAAACAUGAAUAAGCA